AUGUCUGUAAAUCAUUUGAAUUUUGAUUUCGAUCAAAUGAAAGAAUAUGAUCAUUCAUCAGGUUUUAUUGAAUAUGGUGAUAUGGGAAGUAGAAAUGAAGAUAAUAGUAAUGUUGGUAGAUUAGGUGGAAUGCCAACCAGUAAUGAACAGAGAUUCAUGGAUGAUGUACCGAUGUUCACGCUGGAACAGGUAGAUUACAAACCAAAGGGAAUUCAACAGAUGUUGGUCUGCUCGAACAGAAUCAUCAUUGCGACACAGUACUCACGUAUCAUUCGUCUCGAUCUAAACAAUCCAUCCGAUCUCGAAGAGAUUGAAUUCACACGUCGCCCGGAAGAGCGUAUCUACAAGAUCUUCUUGGACCCGACCGGUCAUCAUCUGAUCAUCUCGAUGGAGACCGAAGAGGUCUACUACAUCCACUCCACCUGGAAGAAACCAAAACUACAGGCCAAGUGGAGAGUCAACCUGAUCGAGUCGAUCGCAUGGGAUGCCGCCGACGUCACUCCACAGACAAUCCUCAUCGGUAACAACAAAGGUAAGAUCUGGGAGACGACCAUCUCCUCCAUUGAAAAAGGUAUCUUUGAAAAGUUAGAUUUCUCACAGAAGGAACCAAUGUUAAAACAAUUGAGAUUAGCUACUUAUGCUGUAUGUCUGUGUUUAAAGUUAUAUUUUAGUGAUGAUGGUAGUCCUAUUUCGGGAAUGAGAUUGGAACGUGCUCAGAAUAGAUAUUUUGCAAUCAUAACUACACCCUCGAGAAUCUUUCAGUUGAUAGGUGGUCCGACAAUUGAGAAUCUUUUCCAACCGGAUAAUAUUAGAUUCGAUGAGUUGCCAACUAGUCUUAGUUACAGUGAGUUGGCAUUCUAUGCGAAAUCAUCGAUCAGUUUGCCUACUUCGUUUGCCUGGAUGAUUGGUAGCGGUAUCUAUCACGGUGAUCUCAUCUUUGGUUCACAGAAUCCCGGUGAUAAAUUCACUACUGCCAUCUCCAUUCUCGACUUUACACGCAAGGAUCAUCGUGGUAAUCCAUUGCCACCCUUGGCAUUCGCACUCACACAAUUCCACUUUUUAUUCCUCUACGAAGAUAAACUACAAGCCAUUGGUAAACUAAAUGGUCAAAUUGUAUAUGAAUAUUCAUUUAACCCAAAACAAAUUAGAUUAAAAGGAUUAUGUGUAGAUAGUGCAAAUGGAACGACAUGGGUAUAUGCAGAGAAUAUUGUUUUUGAAUUGUGUAUUAGAGAUGAAGAUAGAAAUGCUUGGAAGUUGUAUCUCGAGAGAGGACAGUUUGAGACGGCGUUGGAAUACGCAAAAGAACCAUACGCUAGCGAUAAGAAGGAUAUGAUUUGGGCAACUCAAGCCGAUUACUACUUUAAGGAGAAUAAAUUCGAGUUGGCCGCCAACUUUUAUGGAAAGACACACAAGAUCUUUGAGGAGAUUACGCUAAAGUUUAUCAAUGCCAAUCAGCGUGACGCUCUGAAAUCUUAUUUGCUACAGAAACUUCAGAAUAUUCCACGUCGUGAUACCACCCAGAAGACUAUCAUUUGUACCUGGCUCACUGAGAUCUUCAUCGCCAAGCUGAAUACCCUCAGAACCACACCCGGACAACAAGGAAACUACCAGAAGAUUCAAGGUGACUUUAGACAGUUUAUCAAUUCCUACAAGGACUGUCUGAAUCAGGCGACAACCUUCCACAUCAUCAGCAGUCACGGUGCAAUCGACGAGCUACUGUACUAUGCCGAGUUGAUCGAGGACUACGAGCGUGUCAUCAGUUAUCACAUUCAGCAUCAGGCAUACGAUGUUGCUCUCAACAAGCUGACAACUCUCAAGUCGACUCACCAAGAUCUCUACUACAAGUUCUGUCCGGUGUUGUUCCAUUUCAUUCCGUAUCAGACUGUCAAUGUCUGGAUGCAAUCGCCAUUCCUCAAUCCGAGAAAGUUGAUUCCAUCGCUCAUGAGAUACGACCAGAGUCGUGCAGGUCGUCCAGAGAAUCAGGCUAUCCGUUAUCUCAGAUACUGUGUACAGAAUCACAACCAGGAUCGUGCAGUGCACAACUACCUGUUGUCGCUCUACGUCAAGCAAGACGACGACUCACAACUCCUCACAUUCCUGCAGUCGCCUGAUGUCUAUUACGAUCUUAAAUACGCGCUGCGUCUCUGCAUGAAAGAACACAAGCUAAAGGCAUGUGUUAUCAUCUACGGAUCUAUGGGAUUGUACGAGGAGGCAGUCGAUCUCGCACUGACCGUAGAUAUCUCGCUGGCCAAAGAGAAUGCCGACAAGUUGAAGGACGAAGAUGAAGCACUCUGUAAGAAAUUGUGGUUGCGUAUUGCUCGUCACGUCGUCGAGAAAGACAACAAUAUCAAAGAGGCAAUGGAGUUCCUUCAGCAUUGUCCGUUGCUGAAGAUCGAAGACAUCUUGCCGUUCUUCCCAGACUUUACUGUGAUCGACGAUUUCAAAGAGGAGAUUUGCAAGUCACUCGAAGACUACAAUCAAUAUAUCGAGGAACUCAAGAAUGAGAUGGAUGAUGCUACUUCAUCGGCCGAUCUCAUUCGUAAGGACAUCCAGAACUUGAGAAACAAAUUCGGUGUGGUUCGUGGAGACCAAAAGUGCGACAUCUGUAGCUACCCAGUGUUGACCAAGCGAUUCUACUUGUUCUCAUGCCAGCACGUAUUCCACUCAGAGUGUCUGAUCUCUGAGAUUAUGAGACAUCUCGAUAGUCAUACACGUCAAAAGGUUAGAGAGUUACAAGUCAUCGUUGACUCUGGUGGAGGAAUGUCGACCAAACAACAGCAACAACCAAACAACAACAACCAAUCCAAUCAACAUAAUAUUGGAAACUCUUCAAACAUGAUGAUUAUGGGUGAUGAAAUGAGUCAAGAAGAAAGCAUAAAGAAUGAACUCGAUAGAAUUGUAGCUAAAGAAUGUUUAUACUGUGGUGACAUAAUGAUCCGAUCCAUCGAGAAACCAUUCAUCGCCGAAGAUGAAGUUGAUGUUAUUAGAAGUUGGGAGAUUUAA